UGCGUGGAGACGCGCACCUGGCAACCAGUGGCCCCACUCCGCCGCGUCCCCGCCUUCUCCGCUCGGGCCGGGCGUCCGGAGCCUGCCCCGCAAGCACCGGAGCCGGUCCUUGGCCCCCGGGGCCCGCCCCACGUCCCUCUCCCCUCUGCCGACGCCGCGCUCGCUAGAGGCGGCCUCGAGCGCUCGCUCGUUGAUGCCGUUUUGGGGGUGAUCCGCCGUGGCGGCGGCGCCUCCAAGGUGGGGGCGUGUUAGUGGUCGCGGCUCUGCUUGACGUUGAGUGCGCUGCUGCGGGGUGAAGAGGGGCCCGCCAGUGAGACCUCGCGCGCAGUUCGGGUUUGGGGCGCUGGAGGCCGCCACGGCCGCGCUGGAGCGGGAGAUGUUGGAGCUGAGGCACCGGGGAGGCUGCCCCGGCCCCGGGGGAGCAGUGGCGCCGCCACCCCGCGAGGGAGUGGCGGCCGGCGGCGACCACGAAAACGAGAGCACCAGUGACAAAGAAACAGAUAUUGAGGACAGAUAUGGAGAUUUGGAUUCCAGAACAGAUUCUGAUAUUCCGGAAAUUCCACCAUCCUCAGAUAGAACCCCUGAGAUCCUCAAGAAAGCUCUAUCUGGUUUGUCUUCAAGGUGGAAAAACUGGUGGAUUCGUGGCAUUCUUACUCUAACUAUGAUUUCAUUGUUUUUCCUGAUCAUCUAUAUGGGAUCUUUUAUGCUGAUGCUUCUUGUUCUGGGCAUCCAAGUGAAAUGCUUCCAUGAAAUUAUCACUAUCGGUUACAGAGUCUAUCAUUCUUAUGACCUACCGUGGUUUAGAACACUAAGCUGGUACUUUCUACUCUGUGUAAACUACUUUUUCUAUGGAGAGACUGUAGCUGAUUAUUUUGCUACAUUUGUUCAAAGAGAAGAGCAACUUCAGUUCCUCAUUCGCUACCAUAGAUUUAUAUCAUUUGCCCUCUAUCUGGCAGGUUUCUGCAUGUUUGUGCUGAGCUUGGUGAAGAAACAUUAUCGACUACAGUUUUAUAUGUUCGCAUGGACUCAUGUCACUUUACUGAUAACAGUUACUCAGUCACAUCUUGUCAUCCAAAAUCUGUUUGAAGGCAUGAUAUGGUUCCUUGUCCCAAUAUCAAGUGUUAUCUGCAACGACAUAACUGCUUAUCUUUUUGGAUUUUUUUUUGGGAGAACUCCAUUAAUUAAGUUGUCUCCUAAAAAGACUUGGGAAGGAUUUAUUGGUGGUUUCUUUUCCACAGUCGUGUUUGGAUUCAUUGCUGCCUAUGUGUUAUCCAAAUACCAGUACUUUGUCUGUCCAGUGGAAUACCGAAGUGAUGUAAACUCCUUCGUUACAGAAUGUGAACCUUCAGAACUCUUUCAGCUUCAUAGUUAUUCCCUUCCUCCCUUCCUGGAGUCAGUGUUGAGACAGGAAACAGUGAACUUGUAUCCUUUCCAGAUCCAUAGCAUUGCUUUUUCAACAUUUGCCUCUUUGAUUGGUCCAUUUGGAGGCUUCUUUGCCAGCGGAUUCAAAAGAGCUUUCAAAAUCAAGGACUUUGCAAAUACCAUCCCUGGCCAUGGCGGAAUAAUGGACAGAUUUGAUUGUCAGUAUUUGAUGGCAACGUUUGUGCAUGUCUAUAUCACAAGUUUUAUAAGGGGUCCAAAUCCCAGCAAAGUGCUACAGCAGUUGUUGGUGCUUCAACCAGAACAACAGUUAAAUAUAUAUAAAACUCUGAAGUCUCAUCUCAUUGAAAAAGGAAUCCUGCAGCCCACCUUGAAAGUAUAACUGGAUCCAGAGAGGGAAAGGUUGAAUUUGACAAUAAGGAGUUCUACAGAAAAGCUCUGCCAGAUGAAAUUUUGUAAAUGUACAGAAAAAUGGUUGAAAAUGCAAUAGAUUGAAGUCUUACAGACGUGAAUGUUUCUUCUCUGAAAUUACUGUGAAUAUUGAACAAACACUUGAUCUAAGUUAUGAAAUAAGUUGCAAACCAUCAUAAAAAUAUCCUGUACUUUUUCUAAAGUGUAUUUUCUGAUGUGAACUUCCUUUCCCUUACUUGCCAUUUUCAUAAUUCAAAAGACUUGUUUUAAAGAGUCAAAUACUAUAAAAUGAGUAAAUUGAGGAUGUCUUAAGAGUGCACCUGGCAGUGUGCCCUUUGCACAAAUAUUUGCUUUUGCACUUGGAGCUGCUCUCAACUUCAGCCGAAUGUUUUAUGUAAGGCACAACAGGAAGCUAGUUCUCCUCUUUUAGUUUGAAGUAUUUUCUGAAGGCCUGACUUGUAUCCAAAAAAAAAAAGAUUGUCCACUUUUCAAAGUAAGUAAUCAUUUGCCAGGGGAAAACAUUCCACUUUCAGGCAGAUUUGAAAUUCAUGAGAGGUAGACUGAAAUUUCUAACUUUAUUGGCCAAUAUCAAAUUCUACUUCUGAUAAAGUUGUUUGUAAAACUUAACAUCGCAAAAACUUUUCAAGAGAAACAAAGGAAAAUUCUGCUGUGAAGAACAUAACAUGUGCACCCUCCACAGAUGACAAUAGCUCAAGAGACAGCGUAAGACAGUGACUUGGCACAGGCCACCUUUUGGUCAAGUUCUCCACUUUUCCUUGUUUCCUUGUGAACUGGUUUCUAUAAGUUUUGUAGCCACAAGCACAAAAGAUCAGUGUAUAGGGGAGUGAGCAGGGGUGGUGGCUGAGGCAGAGGUGGGGGGCUUGGUUGACCACCUAACCCAUCCCUGGAUAAAGUUCUGCAUGUCAGUGUCCUGGGUGCCUCCCUGCGGUCUGCUGCGUGGCCGAUCGGACGCUCACCUGGCAAGAAGGAAGAUCUGCCGGAGACCCAGCCUCAGACUCACUCCUUGGGAGCAUCUAAUCUCUGACCCUUUCCUCUUUCACAUCAUGUCAUAAAACCUGAGGACAUCAGCUGAUGAUAUUUCUCUUCCAAGAAUGAAAAUCAAGCAGAAAGUGAUGCCCACCAAGAACAAAAAGCACACAAAUGCCAAACCUUUUGCUGAUGGACUGGACACUGUAACCAGAUGAGGACAAGUUUCUUAGCAGGGAAUGUAAAUAAGCUAAUGUUGCUGUGUGCUCUUUAUAACCAUACUUCAUUGUAUCAAAGAGUCAGCAAUAAACCUUUGAAAAUUGCCUGUUGUUCCUUAGCUACAUGUUCAGAGAGGAGAAAUAGAUAUAUUUUAAAGAAUGUUUUACUAAUGAAAAGAGUAAAUAUUUUUUUGUUUAAAUCAGAAACACAUUUCAAUUAUUUUAUAUUUCUGUUCUACUACUACACCUACAAUCAAAGAUUGUAGCUAUGCCUGGCUUCUACUAUAGAUAUUCCUGGGAUGUAACUAUAACUAGCAGCUUCAUCAUGUGCACUACAUGAUUAUAGGGGAUAGGAGAUAGAGUGAAAUUCAGUAUCAAGAGAGCAUUUCCUUGGUUUGGCGUGCAUUCAGUCGAUGCCUCACAACUGGAUGUAUUCGGUCAACAUUAUUUCACACUGUUCCAUGAAAACCUAGAAUUGGCAUCAGAAAUGUUAUUACAAGAGAAAAUGUGCACUUUUAAAAUCAGGCUACCUAUAGGCUAAUUUUCAGCAUCUCAUUAUUUGCCUCAUAAAAGCUCCACAUGUCAAUCAUAAAAGAACUUAGCAUACCAAAGUUUAAAAAUAAAAUGAAAAUUUUGUAAUAAUAACUUGCGUUGAAAACUUGAUGAUUUGCACAAUAACAAUUCCUUGGAGAUACGCAGUUCCCUUGCAUUUUCUUUAAUUGCUGAGACAGUGCAGUGCAGAAUUAUCGAGCAUCAGAGAGCAUCCCUGAAUACAUGUCCUGUAAAGUCAAUAUUAUAAUAAAAUAAUUAAGCUAGAAAUAUUUGGGGUCACAGUAACGGCCUUCCUCAAAUAUACUUUUAGAGUUGGGUGUACAUUAUUUAUGUAAAAAAAGUAAAUUCUUUUAACAGAUCUCUCAACUAACUUUCUAGUGAACUUUUUUAACAUGUAUAUUAAAAUAGAAGCUAUUUUAUCAAAAGAUAUCCGUAAAACCCUUAGAUCCUUUUUAUAUUUGCACUAUGAAGAGGGCUUGAAUUCUAGUAUAGCAAUGUGGUGAUAGAAAAAUGAGAGACUAGGAACUUCCUUCAUAGUGAUGGCUAGUUGUUCCAAAUUUGCUAUUUUUGAAGGGACUCUAAUGGUACUAAUUGCUUUUAAAUCUGUGGAUACAAAUGUUUCCUCAGUGUUUUCCCCUUUGUGGUGGUGCAUAUAUGUUCACUGUCUGAAAAUAAAAAGACCACACCCACCCAUCUUUUUUUUUUUUCAUUUACAGUAUCUCUUCAUUUGUACUGUGUUUUGAACAAAGAUAGUAUCACCUUGUUCAAAGAAAAAGAAAAAGUAGAAACAAUGUACAUAUAUUGUGUAUGGGCAGGGGAUCCCUUAUUUGUGUCACCUGGUUCUUGAAUCUUUUACUUAAACA